AUGUAUCCUAGAAUUUUUGGUUUUGGAAAAUUUUUUGCAGAUUUGUCGACUCCAGCACUAAAACUUAUUGCUAUAAAUCAUAAUUGCCAUGUAGUAUUUGAUGAGUUUGGGAUAAAUAUGG